GUUUCGGUUUCAUGCUAUAUAUAGGCUACACCGCGACAAAUGCCACACCAUGCCAUAUACACGCACCGACAACCCAUAUAAAACCAUUGCGCUUCGGAAACCACGUAAUGUACAGCUUUUCUUCAAAAAUGAGUGUCCCUGAGAAAGCUGACCUUAAAGCAAAGCUCAGAGAGCUGGAGUGUCCAUUCACAUGGGACAUAAGUAAGGCUGACAUUGCAGACCUGGAGGGCAUUACAGAGAAGCUUCAGGAUCGAGUCAAGUUCUGCCCACACAGAUACCAUGCCACAUAUCUCAACAUCUUAUCAUUUGUGAGCCAUGUUAAGGGAAAUAAUGAGGGUGCCCUUGAGUUCCUCAGUAAGGCCGAGGCCAUCCUAAAGGCAGACAAGGAGGUCCUAACAGCAUUUCUGGUGACGUAUGCUAACUUUGCCUGGGUUCACUUCCACUCUGGCAAUCUGGGUGACGUGGAGACCUACCUUGGGAAGCUGGAGGAGAUAUGCAAAGGUGUCUCUGGGGCCUUGCAAUACUCAUGCAACCUGCCUGAGGUUCAUGGUGAGAAAGCCUGGACCUUUCUGAGGCUCGGAGCAACAUAUUACAAGAGGGCGAAGGUCAGCUUCGAGAAGGCCCUUGAGGGAGAUGCUGGAAAUGUGUCCUUCAACGUGGGGUACGGGGUGGUUCUGUACAGAAUAGAGGGGCUUGUUCAAGAUGAAAGACUGAGGUCUAAGAAGAGUGAAGCCAUCCCUCAGCUGGAAAAAGCAUUACUCUUAGAUCCCGACAAUGCUGAGGUAAUGGUGCUCCUGGCCCUGAAGCUUCAAAAAAGUGAUAAAUACAAAUCCCUAAAACUGAUUGAAGGUGCCCUCAAGCUGUCCUCUGAUGUGCCCCAAGUGAUGCGAUAUGUGGCCAAGUAUUUCAGAGGGGAAGAUUCCACUGAGGCAUCCCUGGAUAUUCUGGAAAAGGUGCUGGAGCAGACCCCUAGCUCUUCUUUCCUGCACCACCAGAUUGGCAUGUGCCACAAGCAGCAGCUCAUCAAGAUGUUGCAGAAAGGACCCGGGAGCUGUGUACCAGCAAAUCUGAAGAGGGCCAAGGCUGAGCAGUGCGUCAAGCACUUCAGCAAGGCAGUGGAGCUGAAGCCCUCCAAUACACAUGCCCAGGUGAACCUGGCUGAGGCCUACAGCGAGAACGAGCAGCUGACUGAGGCGGAGGAGAUCUUCACCGAGCUGCUCCGGGGCGGCUCUCUGCGGGACCCGGAGAAGCAGCACGUUCAAACGUCUUACGGCCUGUUUCUGCUGUACAAGAAGAGGGCGGAGGACCGCGCUGUCGUGCAGCUCAAAGCUGCCUACCGAAUGAAGAUGCAGAACUACAACAGGAAACAAGCUGGCAGAAAGCUGGAGCAAAUUGCAGGGAGGUGGCGAAAAAACAGACAGAGGGCUGCAGAAGCAUCUGAAAUUCUGGCCUUCCUGAGGGCUGAAGACAAGCUUUCUGCUGAAACUGACCUCUCUGCUGCCUUUGAGAGGGGAAUGAAGUUCAAAUAAUGACUAUAAGGAGUGGAA